AUGACAGGAAAAGACAGCUCUGAGGCUUCUGUUUUGAGUCCAAGCGAGACAGCCACCUCCGAGGCUUCUGUCUCGAGUCCAAGCGAGACAGCGCCUGAGCCUGCCCAGGUGCCCACCACGGAGUCUUCUGGAGAGGUGGUAGCAUCAGAGUCCAUGGGGCAAGAGCAGGCUCCAGAGCCACCGAAGCCUGACUCUCAGGCACUGGACCCCAAAGCCCCUGAAGCUUCUGCCAUGCCCGAAACCGCUAAGCCUGAACCUCCAAGUGAAGAUGUCCCCAGUGCCCCACUGCAGCUGACCUUGGAGGAUGUGAGCCAGAGCUCCCUGACUGUGAGCUGGGAGCCCCCCGAGAAGCUGGGGAAGCUGGGGCUUCAAGGCUAUGUAUUGGAGCUCUGCCGAGAGGGAGCCUCAGAAUGGGUGCCUGUGAAUCCCCGGCCCGCGAUGGUGACCCAGCAGACGGUUCGAAACCUGGCCCUGGGGGACAAGUUCUUCCUGCGUGUGACUGCAGUUAGCUCCGCAGGGGCGGGCCCCGCAGCUGUCCUGGACCAUCCUGUCCACAUCCAAGAGAUCAUUGAAGCCCCCAAGAUCCGUGUUCCCCGACACCUUCGGCAGACCUACAUCCGCCGGGUGGGAGAGUCCGUCAACCUACAAAUCCCCUUCCAGGGGAAGCCCAAACCACAGGCCUCCUGGACCCACAACGGCCAUGCGCUGGACAGCCAGAGGGUGAACGUGCGCACUGGGGACCAGGACUCCAUCCUCUUCAUCCGCUCCGCUCAGCGCUCAGACUCAGGCCGCUACGAGCUCACUGUGCGUCUGGAAGGCUUGGAAGCCAAGGCCAACAUUGACAUCCUCGUGAUUGAGAAGCCUGGGCCCCCAAGCAGCAUCAGGCUACUGGAUGUCUGGGGUUGCAAUGCCGCCCUUGAGUGGACUCCACCCCAGGACACAGGCAACACAGAGCUCCUGGGGUACACGGUGCAGAAGGCGGACAAGAAGACAGGGCAAUGGUUCACGGUGUUGGAGCGCUACCACCCGACCACCUGCACGAUCUCAGACCUCAUCAUUGGGAACUCGUACUCCUUCCGGGUCUUCUCGGAAAACCUGUGUGGCCUCAGCGAUGCGGCCACCACCACCAAGGAGCUGGCUCACAUCCAGAAGGCAGAUAUCACUGCCAAACCUAAGGGGUUUAUUGAGCGAGACUUCUCAGAAGCCCCGUCGUUCACCCAGCCCCUGGCUGACCACACCUCCACUCCCGGCUAUAGCACACAACUCUUCUGCAGCGUCCGAGCUUCACCCAAGCCCAAGAUCAUCUGGAUGAAAAACAAGAUGGACAUCCAGGGUGACCCCAAGUACCGUGCGGUUUCUGAGCAAGGGGUCUGCACCCUGGAGAUCCGGAAGCCCAGCCCUUUUGACUCUGGGGUCUACACGUGCAAGGCCAUCAACGUGCUAGGGGAGGCUUCUGUGGACUGCCGAUUGGAGGUCAAAGGUGAGGGUCUGAAGGUUCCCUUAGUUUCUGGCCAUGGGGGACAGCUUGGUCACACACCAGGGCUCAGAAGGACAUUGUCUGCCAGGUCCUGCAGGCCUGAGGAUGGGGCCCUCAGGACCAAAAUGUCUCUCCACGGAUACCCAAGACCAAGACAUCAUAGGAACAUGGAGAGGCCUCUGGUACCUGCAGGCCCCCCUCCCCCAGAAGCUGGCAUCCAGCCAGACCCAGGAGUGGGCUUGGCAGGCCUCAGCAUGGGCUUCUGUGGCAGUGAGUGUCAUGGGAAGAUACUAUGUUACUAUGCAGGGAGACACUGUCACCACAAGGAAAGUACCAACAGGAAGGGUCCCGCAAUAGCACAGGACAGUUUUCAGACAUGUGAACAUUCCGGAUCUUGCUUCCUGAUUCACAAUGUGCUACCCUAA